AUGGACGAACCUCAACUAACACAAAACUCUGAAAACACACUUGAAACAGGUGUUGUAACUACAGCGACCUUAACAGAACAUGAUCUUUACACGCAAUCAGCCCCUGAUACGAGUGGGCAGGAAAUUUUGUUAUCCUUCUUAUCAGACUCCUUACCAUCUCAACGAGAUUUAGUGAAUAAUGACUGGUGUAAAGAUUAUCUAAAUCGACUUACUUCAUUAUCCUUAGAGUCACUUAAACAUGAACCGUUACUAGUCGAAGAUGAACAAUCGAAAAUACAAAAAGAGUUAGCUGAACUUUCUUUUCGGGAAUACAAGUCUUGCAUUCACGCUAAUACGUGCUCUGCUGAAAUUAAUUCCUCUCUCGAUAGCCUAAAUUUACAUUUAUCAACAUUAACAUCAACAAUUCCAUUAUUAGAAAAUUCAUGUACAUCUUUUUUACAGAAAACAAACCAAAUUAUUCAACAGCGUGGCAAGAUCAAUACAAUUUUAGAGUGUCAUGAUAAUUUACUGGAAGUUUUAGAAAUUCCACAAUUAAUGGAUACAUGUGUUCGAAAUGGUCUUUAUUCUGAAGCAAUGGAUUUAUCUUCUCACGUUGCGAGACUAGUCUCAAGAUAUUCUACAAUUCCAUUAAUCCAAAGUAUUGAACGAGAUGUGAAACAGACGAUGCAACUCAUGUUAUCAAAGUUAAUAACUCUUUUGAGUCAACCAAUUAAAUUACCAAAUUGUCUAAAAGUAAUUGGUUAUCUGAGACGUAUGGAGGCAUUUGAUGAGGCUGAGUUGAGACUAGUAUUUUUGCUUUCUAGAGAUGCUUAUUUACGAUCAUUAAUCCGUACAAUUGAUAAAGAAAAAAAAAGAUCCUGUGGUGGUUUAGCAUCAACUCCUAUAUAUUCUUCAUUAAUAAUGCCUCCCACACCAUCAUCACCUUGGGUGUCUUCGCUGUCGGACAUUAGUACUAAUUCUUUGGGUAGGCGUACGAUGACUGCUGCAUCUGCCAUUUCUGAUUAUACCAUCCAUAUUCUUGGACAAUUAACUUCAGUUCUUGCGGAAUUUACUCCUUUAAUUUCUGACACUUCAUCGCUUUCAUCUAUAUUAACACAACUUAUGUACUGUGGAAUGUCUCUUGGGAGAGUUGGCGUUGAUUUUCGACAUCUUGUUACUGGUUAUUUUGAAACAGCUGUUGAACGGAUAGUAAAAAAGGUGAUUACUGAUGGAACACAAGAAUUUUGUGACGACUUGAAACAGGCUACUAAAAAUGUUGACCUACCUAAUACAUGGAUGAUUG